GGAAACUUCAGGAAUCUAUGCCUGGAGCUCUCUCCGCCCACUUGCAUAAACAAGCAUUAUCGUUGUUGGCGCUCACUCCAGCGUGGGAGUAGUACUCAUCAUAAGUGUGAGGCUGUGAGCACACGGUCGGGUCGCCCCGUCCCGAUGAGCCAUGCCGUGCCGCUUCUCGGGAAGAAAGAGGCCGCGCGGCCGGAGCAGGCGGCGCCAAAGGGGGCUCGGAACGACGGCAGUGCCAGCUUCGUGCGAACAUGCCUCAACGGCGUCAACGCCUUGUCAGGUGUUGGGGUGCUGUCGGUGCCCUACGCGCUAUCGGAGGGUGGGUGGCUGAGCCUGCUGCUGCUGGCCGCCGUGGCUGCCGCCUGCUGGUACACCGGCCUCCUCGUCGGGCGCUGCAUGGACGCCGACCCGGCAAUCCGGACGUACCCGGACAUAGGCCACCGCGCCUUCGGCCGCCCCGGCCGCCUGCUCGUGUCGUCUUUCCUGUACGCCGAGGUCUACCUCGUCGCCGUCGGCUUCCUCAUCCUCGACGGGGACAACCUCGACAAACUCUUCCCGGACUCCAGCGUCGUCCUGGGGCCCGUGUCGCUCGCGGGGAAGCAGCUGUUCGUCGUGCUCGUCGCGCUCAUGGUCGCGCCCACGACGUGGCUGCGCAGUCUGGGCGUGCUCGCGUACGUCUCCGCAGCAGGCGUGUUCGCGUCGGUCGUCGUCGUCCUCAGCGUGCUCUGGGUGGCGGCCGUCGACGGCGUCGGGUUCUCCGGGAGAGCCACUACUAUGCCGCUGCGGCUCGCCGGCCUCCCCACCGCUCUCGGCCUCUACACCUUCUGCUACUGCGGCCACGCCGUGUUCCCGACGCUGUACACAUGUAUGAAGCAAAAGUCCCAGUUCCCAAAGAUGCUGGCGAUAUGCUUUGUGCUGUGCACGCUCAACUACGGCUCAAUGGCCGUGCUCGGGUACCUCAUGUACGGCGACGGCGUGCAGUCCCAGGUGACGCUGAACCUGCCGGCGGCGAGGCUCAGCUCCAAGAUCGCCAUAUACACGACGCUGGUGAACCCGCUGGCCAAGUACGCGCUCAUGGUCACGCCGAUCGCGACGGUCAUCGAGGAGAGGAUCUAUGUCGCGGCAGGCCAUGGCUCCGCGGUCCCCGUGGCGGUGAGGACGCUGCUGGUGCUCAGCACGGUGGUCGUGGCGAUCGCCUUGCCGUUCUUCGGCUACCUCAUGGCGCUAGUGGGGUCCUUCCUCAGCGUCGGCGUGUGCAUGCUCCUGCCAUGCGUCUGCUACCUCAGGAUCUUCGGGGCGCCGUCCGUGAAGUGUCGCCGCACCGCCAUGGAGGCCGCCGCGAUCUUCGGGAUACUGGCGUUGGGUGCGCUUGCGGCUGUAACAGGCACGUACUCUUCUGUGAUGCAAAUUAUCCACCACUUGUAAGUAGUAUAUCCUGGAACAUAAUGCUCGGUCUUUCGUUUCAUUUUUGCGGGGGAAUCAAGCUGUUUACUGUAGUUUCUUCUUCUUCUUCUUCUUCUUCUUCUUCUUCUUUCUGAGUAUACACCGUAGUUUCUUCUUCAUUUGCCGCACUUUGUUCUGAUAUACGAGUUGUCUAAUUUUAUUUUAAAUCUU